GCAUACUCCCGGCUGACCAAAUGCGAGAAUAUUUUGGACCGAUCUCUUUGUUGAUGUCUCGAGUGCCGGUAUCAUACUUUGAACGAACCUACUCGAUUAUGUUACCCGAAGGAUCAAAACCUUCUGCGUUGAACCUCCUCACAUCUCUAGCGUUCAUGCGCGGAUUCAUGUCAGCAGCAGGUGUCCCGGAUUGUUCACGUGCUGCACGGUUUCUAAUCAAAGACGUCGUUGCUGGAAAACUGCGAUGGGUCGCUUGUCCACCAGGUGUUGACCAGGAAGAGUUCAAUAGUCAUCUCUAUCCUGCUGAUGCGGAGAAGUCCGGAUCUGGUCGAGUUCAGCUGGAGCAACUUGAGAGACGAGGAUUGCUUGAAGGAGAAGGUGCCGCAAAUAGAGAACUGGACGCGAAGUUCUUUGAGGAAGAAAAAGGUGCAGCUCACAUCAAAUGUUCAAAGCAUAAUAAGAUCAGCAUGGGUAAAAUUAUGAAGCCAGGCAAGGUUGUCCUUGUCCUUCGAGGCAAAUAUGCCGGUAGGAAAGCUCUUGUUGUAAAAGCUCAAGAUGAAGGCGGUGCUGAUAGGGCGUAUCCUCAUGCUAUCAUUGCUGGUAUCGACAAGUACCCAUUGAAG